ACGGAUCCCAACAGGGGUGCUGUCACUUAGGUGUUAUUGCGUGCUACAUUGCGGUCAGAAUCAGUUUUUUUGUUUUCGCUUUGCGCGGGAGACUGGUUCACCGCUCCGGUUCGCGCGAAUGCGUUAGAAUCGCCGCGUGCGUUGGAAUAGGGAAGAACAGAAAAAAAGAUUUGAAACCAAAACACGGUCAGGUCCUUCCUUGCUCGCUGGCGGAAGGUAGCCCCCACUCCAACUUUGCGGCGUGCGGAGUGGUGUAUCGUGUCGAACGAGGAGUACACUGUCAUGGCUUUUCCUGCUAACGAACGAAAGAGUUUGAAUGCCUGGACUUUCUGCUGCUGGUUCCUUGCUAUCGGCGCAUCGGCAAGUCCCAAAGGGGAACACUGGCAUUACGGAAGUAAAGGGACUGAGGAGUGGCCUGAGCUUCGCAUGGGCGGGAAGAACCAAUGCGGCGGUAAAUACCAGUCACCCAUCGACAUCAAAACACACGAGACCACCUACAACGCCUCGCUGGGCCUUCUGCGAUACUCCAACUACGAUAAACACCUGCGGAACGCCUACGUUGUGAAUAACGGUCACACAGUGGUGGUUGCCCCGAAGGGAAACAUGAGCGCAACGGUGACCGGGAGAGGCCUUCCAGGCGUCUACAGGUUCAGUCAGUUCCACUUCCACUGGGGAGCCGACGAUAGUAUCGGCACCGAACACCACAUCGAUGGCGAAGCCCACGCCAUGGAGAUGCAUCUGGUGCACACUAACGAAAAAUACGCCACGGCUGAAGAAGCCUACAAGCACCCUGACGGUCUCUUGGUUAUCGGCGUGCUUUUUGCGGUCUCUCGACAAGACAACCGAGCGUUGAACAGCGUCGUGCACUCGCUGGACCUCAUGCUAAAGCUGCGCAGCAACCGUGUGAAGCUGCCCAAGGCAAUCGCGCUGGCGGACUUACUCCCGGGGAACCCGAGGCAGGCCUACUUCUACAGGGGCUCCCUCACAACGCCGCCCUGCGCUGAGGCAGUCACGUGGGUGGUGCUCAAGCGCCAGGGAAAAAUAAGCGAAACACAGUUGAAUGCCUUCCGUCACCUGGAAGUUGAAAGCGGGGGCAGAGAAGGCCACGAGCCCCUGGUGAACAACUUUCGGCCAACCAUGCCGCUGCACGGGCGACACGUCUACAGGAACUUUCUCAUCGUCCCGGACUAUUCUAAAGGGUCGGCCAAGGGAAAUCAUUGAUUAAGGACUCUAAAAUAAGCUGUAUAUCGGUAAAUCGUCAUUUCGAAAGCUCUGUAGGCUUCAGCGCUCACUCGUUGGAAAGAGUGACGACUUACUACAGUCAAACCCGC